AUGGCUGACGAUCGAACCGAGACAUCCUCCCAGGUGUCAUCACAAGGUGACCACGGGUCGGUGGAUUCCGGGUUCGUCUCUCCGAGCUCGUCAACCGCCCACCUGCCUGCGGUAUCCCUCACACCGGCACACCUGAACCACCUCAACAAGCAGCUCGAGUCGAUGGACCCAAUGGACAUUCUCCGCUUCUGCAAGGUCUUCUUCCCCGGCCUCUACCAGUCGACGGCGUUCGGCCUGACGGGCCUCGUCACCAUCGACAUGCUCUCCAAGAUUGACGCCGAGUCGAAGAACCCACAACCCAUCGACCUCAUCUUCCUCGACACGUUGUACCACUUCCAAGAGACGUAUGACCUCGUGGAGCGGGUCAAGGAGCGCUACAACGUUCGCGUGCACGUCUUCAAGCCGGCCGACGUCGAGACAACCCAGGAGUUUGAGAACCUCUACGGCGAGAAGCUGUACGAGAACUCGUCAGAGCUGUACGACUGGAUCGCCAAGGUGGAGCCUCUGCAGCGGGCGUAUUCCGAGCUGAAGGUGGCGGCCGUGCUCACGGGGCGGCGCCGGUCGCAGGGCGGGCAGCGGGGAGACAUCCCCGUUAUCGAGCUGGACGAGGAGCGGGGCAUCAUCAAGAUCAACCCGCUGGUCAACUGGUCGUUUGCGCAGGUCAAGGCCUACAUUGACGAGCACAAGGUGCCCUACAAUGCGCUCCUCGACAAGGGGUACAAGUCGGUCGGCGACUGGCACUCGACGGUCCCCGUCGCCGAGGGCGAGGACGAGCGCGCGGGCCGCUGGAAGGGCCAGGACAAGACCGAGUGCGGCAUCCACAACAAGCAGAGCCGCUACGCCAAGUGGCUCGAGCAGACGGCGCGCCAGCAGCGGGGGCAGCAGGAGGUGCCUGCCGCAUGA